AGGAGGAAAGUACCAGGUGAUGAGAAGAUUUUCUCAGAUCUUUGGAAAUACUGUACUAGAAAUAAACACUUCUCUUGCUUCAAAACAAAGAUAUACUAAAAACUAACAUUCAUAUACUGAGCUCUUAAAUAUUGUUUGUAAAUAGGACUGGUUUAUGUUUCCUCUUAUUAGAAGCAUCCAAUGAUUCAGUACAAUCAUAUUUAUUUGCAACACAUAGCACAAAGCCUAGCACACGGCAUUAGAGGUUAAACAAAAAGCAUUAAUAUUCCAGAAAAUGAUUACUUUGUCUUGAGAGCAGUAUUAACUGGAAGAAUCCUACUAUGAAUGAACGUUGUGUGAGAUAACUAUUAAUAGCAUAUUAUGUAGAAAAACAAACACUAAUGUAUUCAGCACAUUCUUCAAAUUUAACAGUCUCAUGCUCCCCUGAAUUUGAAUUAAAACAGUGAAAGGCAUGCAUUCAUUCACUUAAAACAUUUGUAUAUAUUUUGGUAAGGUGAUGUAGGAGAUAAAUAACUGCAAAGCCACAGAUGCUCCUUUAAGUUCUGUUUUAGGUGGCAUUGAACACAUAUGUGAACAUUGUUAAAUCACAUUUGGGGCAAAUAGUUUCUUAAAAGCAGCCUACUCAGAAAAGCUGUUUAACUUUGCUGUCAGCCUUUUAGUCACAUGACUAAAGAAAGAAAUGACACCAAAAGCCGUCACUGUCUACAGUUUUACAAAACAGUUGAUGGUAUAGUAAUACCAAACAAUGAAUUGGAUGGCUCAGAUGUAGAACAUGAAUGACUAAAGAAGCCCUGAAUGCAUCCAAUACCUUCAGUCCUGAAUUGGGGUUUCGGGAAACAAGAAAAAUAAUCAUUUAUUUUAUGCUCAGUCUUAACUAUCCCCAAGGAGGGUGAGAGCAGAUGUCCAGUCCAACUGGUUAUGUGGCUUUUGAAAGGAAAUUAAAAUACUCUCUAUACCAAACCCCCCUGCAGAUUACUGCUGUACCCCAGACCUGAAAAAGUAAUUCAUUCUGAGAUGAAAUCUAAACCCAUCCCAAAUCUAUUUGUGUUUGGCUUAUACAACUGUCCCGGCCAACAUAAUGAGUUUCAUAGGUUUACUAGCUGCUAAGAAAAAGAAGUACUUUUUAAAUCAUGGAUACCAAGUACUUUUACAAAUGCCUAUUCCCACCUAGUCCCCUGCCCCCCAAAACAAGUGUAGCUGAAGUAGGGUAGUAGAUAGUAUUUUUCAUAAUGUUGAAGUGUUUGUUUUCAUUUACAUUAGCCAGCAGAAAACAUGCAGUGAGGACGAUGUACCUAAUAAUUUUCUGUCUGAAGUGUAAGUAGGGUCCAACCUAAUUCCCUUUCAUAACACUCCUCCCCCAACACCAUUUUGUGCCAAAUACACUAUUAGGCACAGAAUACACAACUAAGAACCCUUCUGUUACAGAGGGAAAAAGGGAAAAAGCCACAGUGCUCUGCAGUAAAAAAAGAAUGAUUUAUUACACAGUGAUGGGGUGGCUGCAAUAAGAGAAAAUGCCUGAGGUGACACUGAAACUGAGAUUUCAAUGACAAGAGAUUUAGCCAAAUAACUACCAGUGAGAAACAGCAUUCCAUUCCAGGCAACGGGGAAAGUUGUGAUAAAGACUCUAAAACUGGACUCAGCUGCUAGUUCCCAAGUAAGCACUUGGGGAUUGAAACCCUGCAAUCUUGGCAUGAUUUUUAGCGCCCUUUUUCACUAUCACUAGUGUCCUGACCUACCUAUGGGGGGGCAGUCUGUCAAGCACUUGUGGUAAUUCCCAACUCCAUUCAAAUGUAACAAUUAAAAUAUAGUAAGCAUCCAUUCUAGUUUGAAAAUACAAUCAGAAGAAGACAGGCGCGCAGCCUUCAGACAUAUGAAAAAAUGCUCAUCAUCUUUAAUCAUCGGAGAAAUGCAAAUCAAAACUACUUUGAGAUACCAUCUAACUCCAGUGAGACUAGCCUAUAUCACAAAAUCCCAAGACCAGAGAUGUUGGUGCGGAUGUGGAGAAAAGGGAACACUUUUGCACUGCUGGUGGGAAUGCAAAUUAAUACAUUCCUUUUGGAAAGAGAUAUGGAGAACACUUAGAGAUCUAAAAAUAGAUCUGCCAUUCAAUCCUGUAAUCCCUCUACUGGGGGUAUACCCAGAAGACCAAAAAUCACAUCAUAACAAAGAUAUUUGUACCAGAAUGUUUAUUGCAGCCCAAUUCCUAAUUGCUAAGUCAUGGACGAAGCCCAAGUGCCCAUCGAUCCACGAAUGGAUUAAUAAAUUGUGGUAUAUGUACACCAUGGAAUAUUAUGCAGCCUUAAAGAAAGAUGGAGACUUUACCUCUUUCAUGUUUACAUGGAUGGAGCUGGAACAUAUUCUUCUUAGUGAAGUAUCUCAAGAAUGGAAGAAAAAGUACCCAAUGUACUCAGCCCUACUAUGAAACUAAUUUAGGGUUUUCACAUGAAAGCUAUAACCCAGUUACAACCUAAGAAUAGGGGGAAGAGGGAGAGGGAGGGGAGGGAAGAGGGAGGUGGGUAGAGGGAAAGGGAUUGGUGGGAUUACACCAGCGGUGCAUCUUACAAGGGUAUAUGUGAAACUUGGUAAACGGUCUGUGAAGCUAGUGAAUGAUGCCCCAUGAAUAUAUCAAUGUACACAGCUAUGAUUUAAUAAAAAAAAAAAAAAGAAAGAAAAUACCAUCAAUAAGUACCUAGCACUGAGUCAUAGAUAAAAUACAUGCACAUUAGGAAAUGGAACUUAACCACAUUUAGCAACAUGUUAAAAAAAAAAUUCAUUUAAAAUUCCAACGUGAGAUGCCCUCCCCUCCUUGCUACAUUAUGCAGACAUGGAGAACACCAAAUCAUUUGUGGUGGCUUUAAUGAUUCAGACCAGAAACCUACCGAAGAAUUAGGUGUACAGGCAGGAUCUAGUUGGGGAGCGCAGUGGCUAGGAUUUUCAAAGUAAAUCUAUGGGAGUACUUUAGUUUGAAGACUUCACCUCAUUUUCCUUGAAGACACAAUUACCACUUUCUUUUUGUGUGUGUGUGGUGGGGGGGAGUGCUGGGGAGAGCUUUCUUUUUCCAUUUUUCUUUCUUUCCUGGCCCACUCAAUGAUAAAGCACCCCUGAAUAACAGUAAAAUAGUUGAUGAUUUCAAAUUUCAGAGCUAAAUCUGGCCAAGAAUGACCAUAAGCCACUGGCAUGAGGUGAGAAUUGGGAGAUGAGAAAAAGAAUUCCCAACAGCAGUAGCGACUACAGCCUUUAAAGGACAGGAAGUGAGGGGGGCUCCCACAUCAAAACCGGUAGGAAUUUCCCUUCCCUCCUGAGGUGGCAAAUGAGUAAGCCAGGUCCCUGCCAUUUCUAGUUAAAGGAAGCUAUGAGAGGCCCUCUCGCCACAAAACAUUUUGGCUAGCCUGAUUAGUACAAACUUAAAUCAUCUUGGAAACUGGCUGCUUCUAGCACAGUUCAUAUUUUCUCUGUUUCCUUUUUAAUUAUGAGAAGUGUGACACAGGUAACCUGACCUGUUCCUUCCUGGAGGAAGCCAAUCUAUUUAGGAUUUUAAAAAUCAGUAAAUACUUAAAAUAGCAACUGAAUGUCAUGAUGUCCUACCAAAAUGUAUUUUCCCCAAAACAAAUACCCCAAGACAAGGCCAGUGCUAACCAAACGCCAAAAUAAAUAAGAUUAAUAAAACAGGCCCACCCUAAUCACUUUCUCGGGCAGGCCGACCAGUAGACAGCCCCAAGGUCAAAUCUGAGCAAACAGCGCUGACCAGGGAUGAAAUGUACCCUUCGUUCGAGAUUGUACCAGGCACCGAUGGUAACCUCAGAUUCAAAAAUGAGUGGGAUGAUAUUAAGCCAGAAAUAUAUUGUAACUUUUAUUUAAUACUACUUAAAUGAAGAAAGAUUUUUAAAAAACUAAAGUUCCAACUGAUAAUUAUCCUAUUCAGACAUUAGUGAAUAUGUCGCUCAAUCCAAGUCGACCUUCCUCUUCAGAGUUGGUGGAGCUUCAUGUUUUUUAUGUCCCUGAAGGAUCCUGGAACUAUAAAUUAAAUACCAUUUCUAUAGAAGUUGUUAACAAAUUCAUUUCAGCUGGAUUUAUAAGGGUAUCUCCUCACCUUACUUUACAAGCCUUGAGGGAACGUCUGGGUGAGUUCCUUGGUGAAGAUGCUGUUGCAGAAAAAUUUUUAUUUCUGAAAUGCAUCGGAAAUAAUUUAGCUGUGGUGAAAGAAAAGCAAGAAUCAGAACUGAAACUCAAGUCGUUUGCUCCCCCAUAUGCUCUUCAACCAGAAUUAUAUUUACUUCCUGUAAUGGACCAUUUAGGAAAUGUGUAUUCAGCAUCAUCGACAAUUACUUUAGAUGAGCAGCAGAUUAGUUACGGUGUCACCGAGGCUGAUGAAACAGUCCACAGACCAGUUAGCAUAUCUUUCUCAAGAGAGGAACCCGGAAGAUACUCUAGUUUGUUAGAAAACACUUUGAAAGAGCUUCUUAACAAGAAUCAGGAAGAAGCUGAGGAAAAAGCCACUCCAAAAGAAAGCAAGGUUGCAAAAAAUCAAAUUGGAAAUUCUGAGUUAUCGGGAUCAUUGGAAGAUUCAGAUAAUGAUUACUUUAACUACAGAAGAAGUGAGUUUCUUUGCAAAACUGAAGAUGAUGCAGCUGUCAGCAGAAGACAGGACUAUCAGACAGGUGAAAAAGAGUACAUCACCCUACCAGAUCUCAUUGAUUUUCCUUCACUUCCUUGUCAGCCUGUUUCUUCAGGAAAAGCUGAUAUCUCUUUAUUGCAGAUGGAAAGAGAGAAGAUCAUCCAACAAAUGAAACAGGUAAAGGAAGAAAGAAGGUAUCUGGAAAGAAUUAGAGAAGAACUAAUUAAAAAAGUCAAAAAACUAUUUGAACAAAACAAAUCAAAGCAAUGUCAAGCCUAUGAUGGUUGGAAGAAAAAAUACUUUCAAACAAAGAAAGUCACAGCAUCAUUGGAGGAGGUUUUAACAAAACUUCGAGAAGAUCUAGAACUCUACUAUAAAAAAUUGCUCAUGCAACUUGAAGCCCGGGAGAUAAAGAUGAGACCCAAGAAUCUGGCAAACAUCACAGACUCUAAGAAUUAUUUAAUAAUCCAGAUCACUGAGGUACAGCAUGCAAUUGACCAACUUAAGAGAAAACUGGAUACUGACAAAAUGAAACUCAUAAUAGAAGUUAAGAUGAGAAAACAAGCAGUUUCAGACUUACGAACACUGAAAGCUGAACUGGCGCGGAAGAAAAUUAACACAUCUCUACCAUCUCAGUUAGUACCUGGAAGUGUGCCUAGCUAAGAGCUCAACAGAUGAUUUUGUUUAUGAUGAAUCAGCCAAAUCAAAAGGUAAUGGCAAUGGAGGAGGAAAGCACCUUCUUUUUUAGGUCUCACAGAAUAGCUCCAGGGUUUGCCUCUAUAUGCAAUUGGUUACCAUAUCCUUCAGCAAACUACAUCCAAGAAACAUUGUUCCCCUGCCUGCUGCUAACAGUGCCAUAAAACAAGGUUCUAUUCAACAAUUAAACACUCUAUGUACUGUCUCAAAUCCUAUCUUUAAGAGAGACAUACAAUAUAUAGUGUUUUCUAAAUACAUUUGCCCAUAGCACAUGUGUGAAUAUUUUGUGCACAUGGGUGGUGUACAUAAUAUCAGCAGUUCCCAGGACAGGGUAUUCCUAAAUACUCUUUAGGAAAGACAGAAUUACAAUACAGCCUAGUUUCACUAAUAGAUACAUAAUUUUGAUUCUAAAGUUAGAAAGUUCUACACUAAACUUUUCUAUAUGAUUGAUAUGCAGGCAUAUAUAUGUAUGUCAAUUAUAAUUUGUUACAUAUAGUGCAUUUGCAGUCAUUUUUUUAUAAAUGGGUAUCAGAUCAUUAGUCAGACAUAUAAACCCUUGCUAGAAUUAACCUACAUCAUAUAAUGAUACAGGAUUUUAGGAUUUCUUUUAGAGUAACAUAACCCAAAGUAAAUUCAAAGAUUAUUUGUACUUAGAUUUUUGAGGUGUGAAAAAGAUAUUAUCCAAAGGGUAAAUUAUAAAAAAUAUAAAAAAUUUCUUUACCACUUUGGUAUAGCAGUUCCUAUUUUACACAUUCCCUAACAGGAUUGCUAAUUAUUUACUAUACUUCUUCAGAUUUCUUUUAUAUAAUGUUUUUGUCUCUAAUUUUUAAUAUUAAUUAUAAUUUAAUUAUGAAAUAAAUUUGAAAUAAGUUUUUCCAUUGUAAAAUUGAUGAUCAUCUGUUCUCAGCCUCAUUCAUUCCUAUGUAAAAGUCUCAUCAAAAUCUUCAGGCUACUUUGAAAUGGAGGCUGUCAGAGGUGGUAACCUAUUUUGGCCACAAGCUCUUUCAAAAGAAAUAGUUAUCAUAAUUGUCAAUUACUAAGGAAACCCUGUUUGUGAUAUGCAUGUUUUUAUGGCAUCAUUAAAAUGACAGAUUGGCCCACACAGAGCAGCUGUACUACGUGUAUUAGCAAAACUCAAACUGCUCCCCAGGGAACUUAAAUUAUACUGAUUAUACCGAUUCAAAGACAAGUUUGUUCAUGUAAACAGCAGUCUGUAUGUUAUGCCCUAUGAGUAAGAAAACUGAUGGAAAUACUUAGUAUCUAAUUAUUAAAACAUACAAUUAUGAAAUUAAUAGAAUGAGUGUUCAUAACUUAUGAG